AUGGGGUCAAUCUCACCGGAGUCUCACUUUCAGAAGAUCCAGAACUUUGAGGCCGAUUACGCGGAUGCUAAAUUCACACAAUACGAAUCGCAGCGUACAGGCCUACGAGUAACAGUAGUUGACCGAAAAGGUCCCAAAGUCUAUGGGUACUUCGCAGUCGCCACAGAAAUCCACGAUGAUUCUGGCUCUCCGCAUACGCUUGAGCAUCUGAUCUUCAUGGGAGGGCGGAAAUACCCAUACAAGGGCUUACUCGAUAAGCUCUCAACCCGCUCGUACUCGGACACCAAUGCCUGGACAGACAUCUCCGAGACGGUUUACACUCUCUCCUCGGCCGGCUGGGAAAGUUUCGCACAAAUUCUGCCUGUCUAUCUAGAUCACUUGAUCCUGCCUACUAACACGGAUUCUGCGUGCUACACUGAAGUGCACCACGUCGAUGGCAAGGGUGAAGAUGCAGGUGUCGUCUAUGCUGAGAUGCAAGCACGGCAAAACCUGCAAGGAGACAUGAUGGAUCUCCGUAUGCGCCGCCUAUUGUACCCAGAAGACGAUGGUUUCCGCUCAGAAACGGGCGGUUUAAUGGAAAACCUACGUGUACUGACUGCUGAGCGCAUCCGCGAGUUUCACCGAGAGAUGUACCAGCCAAAGAACAUGCGUCUAAUCCUUAUUGGUGAAGUGGAUCACGCAAACCUGCUUGAUGUGCUGGAUAAGUUCGAGGACGACAUCGUUGAUUCUGUGCCCUCGUACGAUGCACCCUUCAAGCGUCCCUGGAUUGCGUCCAAGCGCACGCCACCGCUCAGCAAGACUAUCGUGGAUACCCUCGAGUUCCCUGAAGAGGACGAAUCCACCGGUGAGGUCCAGAUUGCUUUCCUCGGCCCUCCUUCAACGGACGACCUAGCCGAGACAGCCGUCAACACAUUGCUCACAUAUCUUGCCGGAUCGUCUGUUUCUGUUCUAGUCAACACCCUGGUGGAAAAGGAGCACCUUGCCAGUGAAGUGUACUACUUCAUGAAGGACCAUUAUGACUCGAUCAUCUGGUUCACUCUGAGCGCGGUAGAUACAGAGAAGCUCGAAGCUGCUGAGAAGCGUUUCUUCGAGGUUCUCAAGGAACAUGUGAAUGGUCCUCUCGACAUGAGCUACCUACGCGACUGCCUCCACCGCUUUAAGCGACAGGCUAAGUUCACAUCUGAGGUCAGCAACGAGGACUGGAACACGCCUAUUAUCAAGGACCACGUCUUUGGAAAGCGCGACGGCUCCGAUUUGAAGAUCACUAUGGGCGAUCUCAAAGUAUUCGACGACCUCGACGGAUGGAGCGAAGACCAAUGGCGCUCUUUCAUUAAGAAGUGGAUAUCAGAUGCCCAUCAUGUCACGUUGUUCGGAAAACCUUCAGCCGCUUUGAACGAGAAGAUGAAGGCGGACGAAGUUGCGCGAGUCAAAGCACAGCAAGAGAAGCUUGGUGAAGAAGGUCUCAAGAAGCUGGCAGGAAAACUCAAAGAGGCUCAAGACCAGAACAACAGGCCCAUUCCGGAGGAGUUGAUUACGAGCUUCAAGAUCCCCAGCACAGAUUCAAUACAUUUCUUCGAAACGGUGCCGGCACGAUCAGGGCUUGCUAAGAAGCUUGGUACCAACGAUACCAAGAUCCAGCAGAUCAUCGACAAGGACGAUAAUGGACUGCCACUUUUCGUUCACUUUGAGCAUAUUCCGACUUCUUUCGUGCAUUUCGGCCUGGUUCUCGGAACGUCCGGUCUGCCCACAGAGUUGAAGCCCCUGCUCAGUAUCUACCUUACCAAUUUCUUCGCUACACCUGUUGUCCGGAAUGGCAAGCGCAUCGAGUUCGAGGAAGUCAUCACCAAACUUGAGCAAGACACCAUCGAGUACACUCUAGGCAGGGCUACCGAUAUUGGUAACUCUGAGAUGCUUCAUAUCCACUUUGUUGCAGAGGCAGAGAAGUUUGAGACCGUCGUUCAGUGGCUGAAAACUCUGCUAGUGGACUCGGUGUUUGACGUUGAGAGAAUCAAGGCCACUGUCAUCAGACUGCUGGCGAACGUACCAGACGAGAAGCGUGAUGGCAAUGGCAUGGCACUCGCCAUUGACAAGAUGAUUCACUACGACACUACCUCCUCCGUCCGCGCUACAACGACUCUGGUCAAGGCUCUUUACCUCAAGCGGACUCUGAAGCUACUCGAGACCGACCCACAACAGGUUAUCGACAAACUUGAGGCCCUGCGAAAGCAUCUUCUGACUUUCUCAAACAUGCGUCUACUUGUUACUGCAAACCUUGAGACUCUACGCAACCCAGUAUCGACCUUCAAGCAUCUCACCGAUGCCAUCAAGCCAGGCUCGAACCCUACCGUCAACCCUAUUGAUGACCGCAACGAGCUCCUCUCUAAUAUUGGCCGUAACCCAGGUGGUGCGCACUACAUCGUCACGAUGCCUAUCGAUACGUCUUACGGUAUCUUCACUUCGAAGGGUCCCAAGGGAUAUACUGCGCCACAACUGCCACCACUGCUGGUCACUCUGGCGAUCCUCGAAGCUGUUGAGGGGCCGAUGUGGGUCGCCAUUCGCGGCACAGGUCUUGCUUAUGGCUCAUCAUUCUACCGUGAUGUAGAGACUGGAAAGCUGAAAUUCGUGGUAUACAACAGCCCAAAUGUGUACAAGGCAUUCGACGCAGCGAAAACUCUGAUUCAGGAGCUCGCGGACGGCACUAGGUCGUUCGACAAGAUGGCCCUUGAGGGCGCCAUCUCGACGAUCGUCAGGGGCUUCGUAGAUGAGCGGGAUACAAUGGUGGAGGCGGCAAAGAGCUCGUUCAUUGAUCUCGUUGUACGCAGCGUUGACAAGGACUGGCAGGAGUGGGUUCUUCACGAAGUGCGCAAGAUUACCGAGGAGGAUGUCAAGCGCACUCUGAAGGAGGUCAUCUCCGCUAUCUUCGAGCCCAGAAAGGUCGAUGUCGUCGUCACUUGUGGUGGCAUCCUGACAGAGAGCUUGCAGAAGGACUUCGAGAAGGCCGGCUUCAAGCCCCAGACCAAGGUUCUCGCCGACUUCUACGAGUCGUACGGUCUCGAAGGUGACGACGAGGAAGAUGACGACGACGAUGACGAGGAGGAUAGCGAUGAAGACGGCGAGGACGACGAGAGUGGGGACGAGAUGGAGGAGUAA